AUGGAGCCCUGGAACUCUACCUUAGGAAGUGGCUUCAUCUUGGUGGGGCUUCUGAGUGACAGUGGCUCUCCUGAACUGCUCCGUGCCACACUCGCAGCCCUGUACAUGUUGGGCAUGAUCAGCAAUGGCCUGCUCCUCCUGCUCAUCACAAUGGAUGUGCGACUCCAUGUGCCCAUGUAUCUCAUGCUUGGGCAGCUCUCACUCAUGGAUCUUUUACUUACAUCGGUUGUCACUCCAAAGGCCCUCAUGGAGUAUCCACAGAAAGAAAAUAGAAUAUCUUUUGGAGGCUGUGCCCUACAGAUGUUCUCAGAGCUGUUCCUCGGUAGUGCAGAGGACCUUCUACUGGCCUUCAUGGCAUAUGACAGGUAUGUGGCCAUUUGUCAUCCUCUGAACUAUAUGGUUUUCAUGAGUCCAAGAGCCUGCUGGUUGAUGGUGGCCUCAUCGUGGAUCCCAGCAUUCCUGAGUGCUCUCGGCUACACCAUCUAUACCAUGCACUAUCCCUUCUGCAAAUCCCGCAAGGUCAGACACUUAUUCUGUGAAAUUUUUCCUUUGCUGAAGCUUGCCUGUGCAGACACCUCCAUAUAUGAACUCAUGGUUUAUGCAAUGGGUGCGGGCUUACUGAUUCCCCCUCUUGUUGCCAUUGUUGCCUCCUACACAUUAAUUCUUUUCACUGUGCUCCAUAUGCCCUCAAAGGAGGGGAGGAAGAAAGCACUUCUUACCUGCUCCUCCCAUCUGACUGUGGUAGGUAUGUAUUAUGGGGCAGCUACUAUAAUAUAUGUCCUACCCAGUUCCUUCCACAAUCCCGAACAAGACAAUAUCACCUCCGCCUUCUACACAAUUUUCACCCCAGCCUUGAACCCUCUCAUUUACAGCCUGAGGAAUAAGGAGGUCUUGGGGGCUCUGAGGAGGGUCUUGGGAAAAUGUAUGGUUCAAGUAAACCAAACUCUCUAG